AUGAGUGUAGGUCUGCUGUUCCUGGGAGGGCUCUGUGUGGCCGCCAGCGAGUUCUACAGGAGCCGACACAACGUCAUCCUCAGCGCAGGCAUCUUCUUCGUUGCCUCAGCGCAGGCAUCUUCUUCGUUGCCUCAGGUCAGUCUCUGUCUGUUUGGGAGGGAGGGAGGAGGGAGGGAGGGACCGGAGGUAGGGAGGGAGGCAGGGAGGGAGGGAGGAGGCAGCGAGUUCUACAGGAGCCGACACAACGUCAUCCUCAGCGCAGGCAUCUUCUUCGUUGCCUCAGGUCUCAGUAACAUCAUCGGCAUCAUCGUCUACAUCUCGGCUAACUCUGGCGACCCGGGUCAGAGCGACAGCAAGAAGAGUUACUCGUACGGCUGGUCCUUCUACUUCGGGGCGUUGUCCUUCAUCAUGGCCGAGAUGGUGGGCGUUCUGGCCGUCCACAUGUUUAUAGAGAAACACCGCAAGCAGAGGGCCAAGUCUCGCACCGAACUCAUCAAGAAAUCAGCGUUCGGCCGCAUCCCGUCUUACCGCUACCGCUUCCGCCGUCGCUCCAGCAUCCGAUCCUCCGAGGCGCCCAGCCGGGAUGCUUCUCCCAUCGGGAAGGGGGGUUACAGCGGCCCGGGAACAGCCUCCGACCUCCCCAUGUACACGCUCACCCCCCGCGAAGCCGGAUCUAAGGCCGUCAUGGGGGGAGUGCUCAAUUCGGAGAGGGAGUUUCUACAGGGCGGUACUCUGGCCAAUACCAAGGACUACGGCAAAGACGCGGCCAAUAGGAGAACCACGCCCGUCUGAGGGAGGCGGGGCCUAGGAGAUGAUUGGAUGGGAGAUGGAUGAUGAUAAUGAUGAUGAACUUUGACCUCUCUGCAACCUCCAGGGAUAAUUGGCAAAGGGGGUUGAAAUUAGACGUUGGUUCCUAACCACAGAUCUUGGAUCAGAUCCCCUUUUACAACCCCUUAACCUCAUCCCCUAGUGCAGGGGGGGGGUAA